CUUUCGUAAUGCCACGUAUGUAUUUCGUGUUGCCUAACGUGAAAUUAUAUGCAACUCUGCCUAUUCCGGCUUGGUGCUAGUGAAAUAACUUAUACUUCCUCGAUCCCGAUGGCGUCUACUUUCUCCUUGGGGUAAUGUUCCGUCUGUGAUAGUGGAAGUAAGGUUACUGUUGUUUUUUAUCGUACAAUAUUAAGGGUUUGAAAGAUGGCCCAUCAUGUAAUAUCAGUGUGCAUUUUUUGCUUUAUCUGCGCUACCCAUUCACCAUGUGCUUCUCACGCAGCUGUAGGACAUGAGAAUGUAGUGCCACGCAGGCAGUACGAUGAUCCCAAUAACCCGCCACUAAUAGAAAAUCUUCAAAUUAGUCCACGUGAAAAGCAUAGAGAUGAUCCAUACACGACUGAUAAUACGUUUGACGACAGUGCUAAUGUUUUUAAAAUUGAAGAGAUACACAACCUAUCAAAGAGAAACAGCCUAGAAGAAAGUAACGAUAGCGUAAAUAGUGAAAUUGUAACCGAGUACUUAAGGAAAAUAUUUUUGAAAUAUGGUAACGGUGAUACGAUGACUAUGGAAGGAUUUGAAAGACUUAUUCACCAUCUGGAUUUACACCAGAUGUUAUCAGAAAAUCCACAUAUUCAUGAUAUUAAUGAGGCUGCUCCUGCUUUAGAUUUAAAAUUAGAUAAUAGUACUGCAAAUGAUACGUGUGUUGACCAAGAACUGACGACGGUGUUGAAGAAAGAAAUUUUAUCGUCAACAAUUAACCAUACAACUUUUCAAAAGGCAUGCCCCAUCAUUUUAUACAGCAUGAUUGCCCCGAAUUGCCCAGAAGAAGAGGUGAUAUUCCCUAUCCAUGAUGUUUCAGAGAACAGCAGGAAUAGUCUAGUUUGGCUUUACUCCAUUUUAGCAGUUGUUGUAAUCAGCGCUUGUGGCGUCCUGUCUCUUGCUAUAAUACCAGUGAUGCAGAAGACUUUUUACAAACCACUAAUACAGUUUUUAGUAGCUUUAGCUGUAGGAACAUUGGCAGGGGAUGCUUUGUUGCAUCUACUGCCACAUGCGAUGAGUUCUGGCCAUAGUCACGGCCACGAACACGGGCAUGAUGAACACAGCCAUAACACCCACGAUCAGAAUACUUGGAAAGGUUUCGUGGCCAUGCUUGGUUUAACUUUAUUCUUUAUCAUGGAGAGACUGAUUUCACUUGCUGGAAAGUGGAGGAAAAGGAAACAGAAGCAUGCACAUUCGCAUGUUACUAUUCUUAACGACAGAACGGAGGGUAUCAGUCAGAAAAAUGAUACGCAGUGUAUGGACCGAUAUAAUACUUUUCCUUAUUGCUAUAAAGACAUUAUGAAUAAUCCUAACACAACAUUCUACGAGUCCGACAAAACAGCAACUACAAUGCUUGAACUAGACUCUAACUCCGAUAUCCAAUCCUGCAAGAAGUCGAGGUCACCCACCAUAGAAAAACUGGAAACUAACCAGAACAUAACGGAUUCUUCCGGCAACCUGAAUAUCAACGCUUGUACUGAAGUAAAUAAGAUGCUUCCGUCGGAUCAGAAACACGAUCAUGAAGACUACACGGUUAUUGUGAGAGAACACAAAAAUGACCAUCACGGGCACUCCCACAAACACGGGCAUGUCCAUGCGGCUCCUCAGAAUUUCUCGUCUGUGGCUUGGAUGGUUAUUAUGGGUGAUGGUCUGCACAAUUUUACUGAUGGAAUGGCGAUUGGGGCGGCAUUUUCAGAGGGAGUCGCUGGAGGAUUCUCCACGACAUUGGCUGUGUUUUGCCAUGAGCUGCCCCAUGAAUUGGGCGAUUUUGCAAUGUUACUAAAGGCUGGCAUGAGUAUAAAACAAGCGUUGUUUUAUAAUAUACUUUCAAGUGUUUUAUGUAUUUUCGGAAACAUGUUUGGACUCUGGUUAGGUAACACUGAAUACGCAAGCUCUUGGGUGUUUGCCGCAGCGGCUGGCAUGUUUAUCUACAUUGCAUUAGUAGAUAUGAUUCCUGAACUAAGUUCUGCUCACGAGGACGAGGGGAAUUUAAUGCAGUGUCUACUACAUUUAGGAGGGUUACUCCUAGGUUUCGGCAUAAUGACCUUAAUAGCUCUUUACGAGCACGAUUUAAAAAAUUUAUUUAAUGAUCCCGAAUAAAAAAUUUUAAAUUAGUGAAUACUAGUAAUCGAUAUGUUGUUCUAUGAUUAAUAUUUAUACUUUUGUACAUAAGUGUAGCCACUGCAAUUGGAAUUGUUAGUUUUAUUUUAUUUGAGAGGCAUUUUUUUUUAAUGUUAGUGAACAGGCAUACAGUAGGAUGUAAUAUAGCUGUACGAUGUAACAUUAAAGACAUUUUUGUUCAAAGUAUAAAACUUACAGGCUAAGUAUUUAUUUCUCAUCUGUACUUAUGUAUCUAUCAUAUACGCAUACAAUAUACAAAUUCCAUUUAUCUACUGUCUUCGGUGUUCCUAAGCUGUAAUUU